CAUACUGUGCUGUUCUGAGCUGUCUAUGCCUCUCUCUGUUUGUAUUCGCUGGGAGUCAGCAUGCACCUGUGGUCUCUCUCAUUCCAACUGGUUGUUUAUCAAUGCUGUCACGUUAGCAGCUCGUGCAGCAGUCAGCAGGAGAGAAGUAGAACUGGACCUGGUAGAUUCAAAAUAACAAAAACUCAGAGCAAAGGAAUUGUGUUUGGGGAGUUUCUGCCUCCAUCUUGAGACGAAAGAAAUCUGAGGAACAAACUUGCCUGGCUGGUAUGAAGGACUGACAGCAAGCAGACUUGUGUGGAAAAGGGUGCCUAUGUGAACUUCUGCAGUGGAUGGAAAGCAGUAACCGAGUCCCCUCUGGUUUUUUGAUUUAUACUGAAACAUUGGCCUACACUACUCCUCAAGCCUGACUCCAUCUGAUUCCAGAGGACUCGUGUGCCCUACCGCUUUCUUUUUUUCUCACAGAUCUCUCUCUUUCCAUUUUGUCUGGCCACAUCCUCCCCCCCUCUGUUCCUCAGCUCGGCUGACCGGCGCAGACACACAGAGAGGACUGCGGCAACCUCGCAACCAGUCAGCUGGCUCUUCCCCUGUGCUGUGAUCUCACUCACUCUCUCACAGAGUCCUGAGAUGCCCUCUGAUCACUGGAGGAGAGAGGCUGGACUCCCGUUUGAAUCCAGCUCAGUCUUUUCCUGUCUGCUGCUAGUUACAGUAGCUGCUGUUGCUCCGACGGCAGGAGCAGGUGUGUCUACCUCCUGUGCCGCCAACCCCCCAUCCCCCCUCCUUCCUGUUCCCUUAUCACUGCAGUACGGCAGCUCUGUCUGGGAGGCAGCCAUUCCAUUGUUCUCGCGCCCCCUUCACCUAUCGGUGCUCCUGUGGGUGCUGGCUCCACACUGCCCGCCCCACCCUGUGGAUGGGACUGGCUCCAAAUCACUGUGAUACUUGGCACCUAGGUGCCCUGAGCAGGUUAUGCUUCUGGCUUUCUGUCUCUUUUCUCCCUGGACAGAGCUUACUACAAUCUCUGCUGCAGACCGCCGCCAUCUUGUUACUGCUUGUGCUGACGGUCUGCCUGCCUCUGCUGCAUUCAAACCAAAUCGCCGAACCCAGCCUCAAGUGUUUGCCAGCGUCUCUCUCCUGCCACUGUUGUUUUGUUCCGUGCCAACCCAGCCUCUGCAAGGCUUUAUCACAACACGCCCCUGAACCCAGCUAAUGGACGGAUUUUAUCGCUGCACACACCUGGAACUUUUAGGUGUCGUUAUACCUGAGUGGUUGGCAGUGCAGACACAAUCUCUGCAAAUGUAUACUUAUAAGUACAAAAAGAAAGUAUGUCAUAGGUAAGAUAUAUCCAAAUGCAGUCUGUGUGUGUCUGGGUAGCAAAGCCAUGAUCAAAACCGUACUGUACUGUCACCAAAAUAACGUAAAAACUCUGAUCUUAAGUAGAUCACACCAUAAACAACACAGUUAAACGGAACAAUAACACAAUUUAGCCAAAAAGGUGUUGUUAUUUUACUAAUAUAUACAUUUAUGUUAUAAAAAAGUGACAUCUCCUUUUUGCAAGAUAUGAUUUAUUUUUUUUAAAGGUAAUAUGCAUGUCAAUUUUUCCCUGAUUCUGCAGACGUUUCUGUUUAUGAAGCCCAGUGUAUGUUGAGUGUGUGUGUGUGUGUGUGUGUGUGUGUGAGAGAGAGAGAGAGAGAGAGCCUGUGUCUAUGUUAGAGAGUGAGAGAGAGAGAGAGAAAUUGAGCAGUGGUAAGAAAGUCCUCAUUCUAACUGUGUUUGGCAGAAAAUUUGCUUUUUGACCAUAUGUGCCCAGAGCAGACUUCCAUCAUAAAAUGACUGCUUCACACAUGCUCACAUUCACUCCAAACACAUGAUUUUCACAGAACAAGUCUGGACAUAAUUAGAUUGUAUAGAUAAAGUGCUAUAAAUUAUUCACAAAUGUCUGCGUUCUAGCUGUACUUGUCACUGUAAAGUAUUUUGUAGUACUUCAAAGGCACUACAUGUUACAUUGCACUUGUCUCAACAGAAUCAGAUACAGGUGAAAAAAACACAUUUAUUAAAGCAAAGGGUACAAAUUCAGAAAGUGUAUUUCAGCUUACAGUCUGGAAAUGGUAAUUGUGUAUUGAACUGUGCUUUGGUGCAAAGCAAGUGGAUAUGAGUAGGAGGGGUGACACGGCAGUGAGUUCAGAAGGUUUUCGAUCUUCUCAGACAUUCUGCCAAGAAGAAACUGAACUAAUGCAAUCAUAAAGAGUAUGAAGAAAACAAACUGCCCCUCGAGAAUACAUCCAUACAUCUCAGGUUGCCAGUUUUAUUUUUGAGUCUCUGGACAUACAUGCACUGCUUUACUACAGGGUUAAAAUGUUGUCAGCUUUUAUCUGACGUUGGCCUUUUAAGGUCAGUGGAGGCAGCCCUCUCUCUCAGUCACAGCUACUAGAAUUAUGAAAACAUUGAUCAUAUUUAAUCUAAUACGGUUCAAGAGAAAGCAGGAAAUAAAGGCCAGAAUUUAAGUAAUUCCUGAUAUCACUAUACACAAACAUAUGCUUAAAAUAUGUGAUAUGUCUGAAACUGAUAACUCUAUUCCCAAAUUGUAGAAGCAGGUGUUGUUCAGCAAAAAUAAAGGUAGCGGGUUUAGAAAAACUCAUAUCUAUUUUCUAUAUUACAUAAGAUCUAUUUUCUGCCGUUAUUUUUGGGUCACCUGUUUUUAGGGACGAUAAUGUCAGCCUGUCGGCCCACUGCUUUGGUCCAGACGGAAAUAUCUCAGGAAUUUUUGCUACUUUUUUUUUUUUUUUUUACAGAUAUCCAUGCUGCCCAGAGGAUGAAUCCUAAUGACUCUGGUGUUCCCUUAACUUUUCACCUAGCGCCACCAGCAGGAGGAUUAAAGCCAUGUCCCAGAGGAGGAAGACAUACUACACUGCCUGCAUUCGUCUUAUAAAGCUCCUGCAACCUUUCAGCUGCUGACUGUAAUGCCUCCCACAAAGACCUCUAACCACUGGACGUUAUCAGAGCUCCUUGGACAGCCGAGGCUGUUAGGGUUCGGAGCUCUGCUGACAUGGUUGGUCCUCUUCCAUCUCCUUGUGAACGUUUGGCUCCUCUGCAUCUUCACCAGUCUCUUGGUGGUUCUCGGGGGUUGGCUUGGGUCCCGUGCCGUACUAGAUGCAAACAGCCUUCUCCACUUGGAACACUUUUUGCCUCUUGGCAAAGUGAACCCACCUCUGUAUUCACCUGAACAUGAGUGGAGGUUGAACCAUGAGAUCCACAGUGCUGUCCACAAAGCGGUGCGUGACUUUGUGUCCUCGUGGUAUCGCACUCUGCUGCCAGAGGUGGAGGGGGAGUUUGAACGAGCGGUGCGUAAUUCAAUGCUGGAGUCAGUAAUGGAGCUGAAGAGGCGUGCUCAACAAGUGGACAGAAAAGCCCUGGUUCAACGGCUGCUAGAGCUAUAUGGCUGUCACCUGCAGAACUACAUGGUGGCAAGACAGAUACAGUCAACGCAAAAGAAGAGUAUUAGUCUCUGGCAGCUUUACAGUGAAGUAGAAACCCCUCACCCAGCUGUGAGCAGUGCAGUCGCAGAGCUCAGCUACUCAAGAGCUCUAGUUAACCUCGUCUUAAAUGUGCUUGUUCCAUAUCCUCAGAUGGAAACCAGGACUGGAGGUUACGUGGUUACAGAACUCAUCACCUGCAACAUGCUGUUGCCGCUCAUAAGUAGGGUAUCUGAUCCCGAUUGGCUCAACCAGACCAUUGUAGACAUAAUCACCAGAUCCAGAGAACCACAGGAAAUCAGCGUGGAAGAGCUCCCGGAGGAUGCACUAUACAGAUGUCAGCUCCAGCAGGAAUCCUGGACCACGUGCAAGUCCUUGUCUUCUUCUGAUCUUACCAGCCAAAGUACCUCUGAAGUCGAUGAUCUACAGAGCCAGAGUUCACUCUGUGAGAAGGAUUCCUCACAGAGCAGCAUGGUUAGCCUGAUGUCUGCUGGGAAAGUAGAAAAUUGCCAUACAGGUUUGCUCACACCAUGCAAAGUGAACUGCUGUUCACUCACAUCUGACCAUUACUCCCACUCACCAGAGUCCAAAAUUAUUUCAUUGGACUCCCUAAUUCACUCAGACUCUGAAGAUGAGCUGACAGGAGGCUUUUGUGACUGUGGUCCUCCAACAAACUUCUGCAACGUGAUCAAUGCGAAGGAAGAUGAGGCCUUCGGCUGCUUCGGCCCUCUGAAAACUCUUGGGUUGAAGGUGGUGGUGCCCGAGGACUCCCAAUGGCCGGCGGGUAUAGCCCAAGAGAAAUCCCCAACUUGUCCUCCAAGAAGACUUUGUCUAACCCCUUGUAACUUUGAUUCCCCCAAUAACCAAGCUGCAACUUUGAGCAUCCAGAAUGUGCAAAUUUCUGGCACUGUCACUGCGAAGGAGCAGCGUGGCACAGGCAGUCAUCCCUAUAAGCUCUACACUGUGAAGUUUGAGACAGUGGCUGAAGCCGAAAACAGUGGCUCCCUGCAACCGGUGUCCUGUCACACUGUUAACCGGAGAUACAGCGAGUUCCUCAACUUGCAAACACGUUUAGAGGAAAAGCCUGAAGUCAAGAAAGUUAUCAAGAAUGUCAAAGGUCCAAAGAAAAUGUUCCCUGACCUCCCAUUUGGCAAUGCAGACAACGACAAGGUCGAAGCUCGUAAAAGCCAACUGGAUACGUUCCUUAAACAACUGAGCAGUAUUCCCGAGACAUCCAACAGUGAGGACAUGCAGGAGUUUCUGGCUCUAAACUCAGAUGUUUGCACAUAUUUUGGAAGAAGGCCAUUUGUCAAGUCAAGAAUUGAUAAGAUGAUGGAAAAUGCUUUAGACACCUUGAAGACAGCUUUCCCUCAUCCUGAGCCCCUCAGUCCAACAGAAGAGCUUGAAGGAGAUGCUGAUGGAAGAACAAUGGACAACAGAAAGUACAGGAGGCUUAUGUUCCCAAGCAAAAUCUCCCCAUCUCUCAAUAUACCUGACCUACAUCCUAAAGUGACAUACUGCUUUAGUGAAGGCAGUGCUGUCCUCAAUGGCAUGUCACUGUCUAGCCUGGAAAGCUUUGUCGAAGAGCAGGAAAGACUUUUAUGUGGGGCGAAUGGGAAAGAGACAUCGAAACAGAGCUGUGAGCUGCCUGGCAAAGACAAGAAGACUUCAGGGAAAACUCAUGGGACAGAUACAGCUGUGGCAGAUGUUGCUUUAAACAUUUUGUGUCUGCUGAUGAAGGACCAGUGGAGUUGGCUGUGCACAGAGAACAUACAGAAGACCAUCAGGCUGCUCUUUGGUACCUUUAUUGAGAGGUGGUUGGAUGUAGGAGUUGCCCACCUUACCAGUGCCCCCUGCUGGGUUAUUUACCUACAAGUGCUGCAGGAAGCUGUAUGGCCAGGCGGCACGCUGCCUGCCCAACCACGGCCAGAGCGUAGUGCCGCAGAAAGAGAGGAAACAAAAGAGCAAUGUCUGGACUGUCUAAUGCAGCUGCUUCCAGAGCUUAUCACUGACAUGCUGGGAAGUGAGAAGUACAGACUGAGCUUGGAGACCAUGCUGGAGUCUUUACAGGACCAUCAGAUAAACAAGCAUCUGAUCUACUGCAUCUGUGACCUGCUGCUGGAGUUUCUGAUCCCUGAGUCGUGUGACGACGCCUUCCAGAGGUCUCUGCUGCAGAACCUGGCCAAAGACACAGAGAGAGACAAUCCUCACAUGUGAUUAGCACAUGAUGACACUCUGCUGCCUCACAGUUGUAAGCAAUUGGUGGAUAAUGAGCAGAAUAUGUGUGUAUUGUGAUGUAUUCGUAAUGACCUGUUGUCUCUGGAGUCCACUGGGUGAUGACUGGGAUGACUGUGUGCAGUCACAUUAGAAUUAUGCGGCUUCAUUUUGUUUCAGAAAUUCAUAAUUCAAACUCCCAUUCCUUCUAACUCUGGGUAUCAUAAAGAUGAGAAGGAUGAAAAGUGUGUUUAUAUUUUUGACACAGUCAUGUGGUCUGUUCUUGUUUAUCGUUUUUAUUGAUUCAUUCAUCAAGAUUUCUAUGUUGCACAAGCCUGAUGAUAUUUUUUAUGAUAUUUCUAAGUCCUCACUUGCUUUGUUGAACUGUUUGAGGGCUUUAAAAUAUAUUCAUGAAUCUGUUUUAAGAUUUUAUAUAAGGCUUUUAAUCUGUCCUUUAUUUAAGUUCGGUAUCUUACACUUCUCAAUGCAAUUAGUGCCUUCAGCUGAGCACUGUGAUGGCUAUCAGUGAAACCAGCUGUGUGAAGGAGGGGUUAAAGCUAUACUGUAUAUGGUUUAGUUCCUGUCAGUUUCACAAAGAAUCUGAUUCACUCUGAUGGUGAUCUGAUAGUUUAGAUUGAUAUGAUUCAAAAACUGAUGCCCUGAAUCAGUAAAUGUAUUAAAUGUAAGAACAGAAUCCUAAUUUCUUCAUAUAAAAUGAUUGUCACACAGA